AAAGAAUCUGUAAUCUGUUGAGUAUCGUACUUUUAGAGUAUCAUUUUGUCCCAAAAUUUUAAAAUAAAAUAAAAAAUUUAUAUUUUCGGGGGCUCCCUAGAAAAAUUACCAGAGUCUAAGCAGUGGCGCUAAAGGGAAAAUUUAAAAUUUCCAGAGAGUGGUCGUCUCUCUCUCUCUCUCUCUCUGGAAAAAUCAGAAGAAAUGGAAACCCAGAAAGGGCAAGAAAACCGAAAGAGAGAAUGGUCCUUGCGAGACUUCGAGAUCGGAAAACCCCUGGGCAAAGGGAAAUUCGGGCGAGUCUACGUUGCCCGAGAAGCCAAGAGCAAGUAUAUAGUGGCAUUGAAGGUGAUAUUCAAGGAGCAAAUCGAGAAGUAUAAGAUUCAACAUCAGCUGAGGAGAGAGAUGGAGAUUCAGACUGGUCUCAGGCACCCCAACAUUCUUCGCCUCUACGGUUGGUUCCACGACGACGAACGCAUCUUCUUGAUCCUCGAGUAUGCCCAUGGCGGUGAGCUUUAUGGGCUUCUCAGGAAAACUAAUUACCUCUCUGAGAAACAAGCCGCCACUUACAUUCUGAGCUUGACGCAAGCUUUGGCGUAUUGUCACGAGAAGAAUGUCAUUCAUAGGGAUAUAAAGCCUGAAAAUUUGCUUCUGGAUCAUGAGGGUCGACUGAAAAUUGCAGACUUUGGAUGGUCGGUACAGUCCAGAAGCAAGAGACAGACCAUGUGUGGAACUUUAGAUUAUUUAGCACCAGAAAUGGUGGAGAACAGACCUCAUGAUUACGCAGUUGACAACUGGACUCUGGGCAUUCUUUGCUAUGAGUUCCUCUAUGGUAUUCCUCCCUUUGAGGCAGAAAGUCAAACGGAUACAUUCAAAAGGAUAAUAAAGGUUGACCUAAGCUUCCCUUCUGAACCUCAAACUUCUGCAGAAGCUAAACAUCUCAUUACCCGGCUUCUUGUCAAAGACUCCUCAAAGAGGCUCUCUCUUCAGAGGAUCAUGGAACACCCUUGGAUAGUCAAGAACGCCGAUCCAUCGGGUAUCUGCAAAUAGCUAGCUUUUCUGACUGUCAUCAUGCUCUAACCAUGGCUGUGGGGAGCUGGCACAGCUGAGUUUGGUAUAUGUAGGGGGAAUAUUUUGGUCAGAAUCUCAUCAGCACCAAGAGACAAUUAACUUAUCUACUAUGUUCACCAGCCUUGAGUUUCAUGUACCAUGUUUUGUGUUAAGGAAAUCUUGUAUCUCGCCAA